CACAGUUGGUACUCACAUGUUGCUUCUUACCCGCCCCACCAACCGCAUGCCGCCGCUGCUUAUGCGGCGCCCUGCAAAAAUAACAACAACAAUAACAACAACAAUAUUAUGAAUGCAUACGGCACGGGCACUGCCAGCGCGCACUAUUAUGGCGCUGCUCCUACUGCUGGGGCUGGGGUGGGCUAUAACCUUGAGGCCAACACUGUGGCCUAUGCGCACAACCAGCUGCUGCAAUACCAACAACAACAGCAGCAGCAGCAACAGCUCAGUCAACGCUCGUAUAUGCCGCACAGUUUAAUGCAUGGCUCGUAUCCUUAUAUCAAGAGCGAGCCAUUGGAACUGCCAGAUGAUAGACAACGCCACCAACAACAACAUCAACAGCAGCACCAGCAGCAGCAGCAACAACAACAACAACAACAACAUUUCCAGAAUCCAAUGGCCCCACCACCAGCGCCCGCCCUCAAUCGUCACACGCUCGAUGCUAGCGGUGAAAUGAUAAUAAAAUCGGAACCCAUUGACGAACAUGCGUUCAAGUCCAACUAUAUCGAUGACAACACGCCCUUUGCCGAUUUUAGUAAAUUUACCGAGUUUGGCGACGACAUGCUAAGUCCCAAGGUUGAGCUAACAAUUAAGGACGAGGCUUAUGGCAGCCAAAAGAACCCGCUUAGCUAUCCGCGCCGUAAGCUGCAAACUGAGCGAUCUUCGGAGAGUCUGCCUAUUUGCCAACGCUGCAAAGAGGUCUUCUUCAAGAAGCAGGUCUAUCUGCGUCAUGUGGCCGAGAGCAGCUGUAUCAUACACGAGUAUGAAUUCAAGUGCAACAUAUGUCCUAUGUCCUUCAUGGGCGCUGAGGAGCUGCAGAAGCACAAGCAACUGCAUCGCGCGGACAAGUUCUUUUGCCACAAAUACUGUGGCAAGCACUUCGACAACAUCGCCGAAUGCGAGUCGCAUGAGUAUAUGCAGCAUGAAUACGAUAGCUUUGUGUGCAAUAUGUGCUCUGUAACGUUUUCAACGCGGGAACAGCUUUAUGCUCAUCUGCCGCAGCACAAGUUUCAGCAGCGUUACGACUGCCCUAUUUGCCGCUUGUGGUAUCAAACGGCACUAGAGUUGCACGAGCAUCGACUGGCGGCGCCCUACUUUUGUGGCAAGUAUUAUCCAGCAGCACAUCAACAGCAGCAGCAGCAGCAACAACAACAACAUGCACAGCAGCAACACCCGCAGCAGCAGCAAGGCAACUACAAACUGCAGGACUGCCACAUGGGCACCAUCGAAAUGACAGCGCCGCACCACAAGACAAAUGCAUUACCUGCAACGGCGGCGCUUAGUUCCUUGCUGCAGCAGCGCCAGGCGAAUGCGGAUGGCGCAGCGCUGUAUGCUUCGACGCUGAAGAGCGAUGCUAAUGUGAAGUUGGAGCGCAGCUAUAGCAACUCCACCAGCGAGUCUGGUUACAGUCUGCACGAAAGUAGUUAUAAUAAUGCCUACGGCAGCGAUAAUUCGUUGCAUGGUGGCAGCGCAGCAAUUGGUGGUCCGCAGGCACACUCCUCCACGCUGGACGAAUCGGAGGAUGCGCUGUGCUGUGUGCCGCUGUGCGGUGUGCGCAAAAGCACCAGCCCCACGCUGCAGUUCUUUACAUUUCCCAAGGAUGAAAAGUAUCUGCAUCAGUGGCUGCACAAUCUCAAAAUGUUCCAUAUUCCGGCCUCAAGCUAUACCAGCUUUCGUAUCUGCAGUAUGCAUUUUCCUAAGCGAUGCAUCAAUCGUUAUUCGUUGUGUUAUUGGGCGGUGCCCACAUUCAACCUGGGUCACGAUGAUGUAGCCAAUCUGUACCAGAAUCGCGAGCUGACUAACACCUUCACCACCGGCGAGGUGGCGCGCUGCAGCAUGCCCAACUGCACCAGCCAACGCGGCGAGAGCAAUCUAAAGUUUUAUAAUUUUCCCAAGGACAUCAAGAGCCUGAUCAAGUGGUGCCAGAAUGCACGUUUACCCGUCCAGGCCAAGGAGCCGCGCCAUUUUUGCAGUCGCCAUUUCGAGGAGCGCUGCAUUGGCAAGUUCCGGCUGAAGCCCUGGGCUGUGCCCACUCUACAUCUGGGCGCCCAGUACGGCAAGAUUCACGACAAUCCCAAGAACCUGUAUGUGGAAGAGAAACGCUGCUGCCUUAACUUUUGCCGUCGCAGUCGCUCCUCGGACUUUAACAUGUCAUUGUAUCGCUUUCCCAGAGAUGAAGUACUGCUGCGACGCUGGUGCUAUAAUCUGCGCCUCGAUCCGGCUGUCUAUCGCGGCAAGAACCACAAAAUUUGCAGCGCUCACUUCAUCAAGGAAGCUCUCGGAUUGCGCAAACUGUCACCAGGCGCUGUGCCCACACUGCAUCUGGGCCAUAAUGACACUUUCAACAUCUACGAAAACGAAUUAUGGCCACCACCGACGCCCUCUACGCCCACCCACAAUCAUCAGCAGCAAUUGCAGCAGCAUCAGCUGCAGCAGCAUCAACAGCAACUGCAGCAACAUGUACAUCAUAAAUAUCAGCGUCAUUCGGCGGCAUCCACAUCAUCGUCGGCCAGCUCGACCUCGCACUAUGUGGAUCCAGAGCUGAGUGCAUCCUACAUGGGCAUGAGCGCUUCAUCCUCUGGCCUGAAUGUCAGCGACAGCAUGGACGUGUGCUGCGUACCCAGCUGUGAGAGCAAACGGCACAACAAUGAGAACAUCACAUUCCAUACAAUACCCAGGCGGCCAGAGCAGAUGCGUAAAUGGUGCCACAAUCUGAAGAUACCCGAGGACAAGAUGCACAAGGGCAUGCGGAUAUGCAGUCUACACUUUGAACCCUACUGCAUUGGCGGUUGUAUGCGACCAUUUGCGGUGCCCACACUACAUCUGGGCCAUGAUGACGAGGACAUUCAUCGUAAUCCGGAUGUGAUUAAGAAGCUGAACAUACGUGAAACCUGUUGCGUUGCAGUUUGCAAGCGCAAUCGAGAUCGGGAUCAUGCCAAUCUGCACCGUUUCCCCAGCAAUCUCGCCCUGCUGACCAAGUGGUGCGCCAAUCUGCAGCGACCCGUACCGGAUGGCACCAAACUUUUCAAUGAUGCCAUCUGCGAGGUGCACUUCGAGGAUCGCUGUCUGCGCAACAAGCGCCUGGAGAAGUGGGCUGUGCCCACGCUUGUGCUAGGCCACGAGAAUAUUGCCUAUCCGCUGCCCACGCCCGAGCAGGUGGCCGAGUCCUAUGCGCGACCCAGUGCGCCCAACAAUGGCGAGGAGCAGGGUGAAUGCUGCGUGGAGACCUGUAAGCGUAAUCCCAGCGUAGAUGACAUCAAGCUCUAUCGGCCGCCCGAAGAAUCACAGGUGCUCGCCAAAUGGGCGCACAAUCUGCAGCUGGACAUUGCCCAGCUUUCUAACAUGCGAAUCUGUAAUCUGCACUUUGAAUCCCACUGCAUUGGCAAACGCAUGCGACCCUGGGCCAUACCCACCCUCAAUUUGGCCAGCAACAUUGAGAAUCUCUUCGAGAAUCCCGAACACCAGAUGCUCUACAAGCGUCGCACGCAUCUCAACGCGGACAGAGCUGCCGCUCGUAGCGCUGGCGCUGACGGAGCUGCAAUGAAGGCCUCUUGGGUGCCACGCUGUUGCCUGCCGCACUGCCGCAAGGUGCGCGCUCUGCACAAUGUCCAGUUGUAUCGCUUCCCCAAGGUCAAUCGCACAACGUUGGCCAAAUGGGCGCAUAAUCUACAAGUGCCGCUGGUCGGCAGCGCCCAAAGGCGUUUAUGUUCCGCCCACUUUGAGCCGAAUGUGCUGAGCAAGAAAUGCCCGGUGCCGUUGGCGGUGCCCACGCUGGAUCUCAAUACGCCACCGGGCUACAAGAUUUACCAAAACCCAGCCAAGGUGAAGGCUAACAAGCUGUGUUGGCAGCGCGUCUGCAUUGUGGAGAGCUGCCGUCGACAGCGGGCACAGGGCGUACAGCUCUUCCGGCUGCCGCACAGUCGCACCCAGUUGCGCAAGUGGAUGCACAAUCUUCGCAUGCUGCCGAGAGGCGCAAUGCGGCAACAGUAUCGCAUCUGCUCGCUGCACUUUGAGCCGCACUCGUUUAACGGCAAGCGUCUGAGCACAGGUGCAAUUCCAACGCUGGAGCUGGGCCAUCAGGAUGACGAUAUUUAUCCCAAUGAGGCGCAGUCGUUUGUCGAGGAACACUGCGCCGUUGAAGGCUGCGAUGCAUCCAAGGAGCAGCCGGAUGUGCGUCUCUUCCGCUUUCCCAACGACGACGAAGAUCUGCUCUGGAAAUGGUGCAACAAUCUCAAAAUGAAUCCCGUCGACUGCUAUGGCAUGCGUAUCUGCAACAGGCACUUCGAGCCGGACUGCAUUGGGCCCAAACACCUGUACAAGUGGGCCAUACCCACAUUGGUUCUGGGGCACGAUGAUGGCCAGAUAGAGCUGAUACCCAAUCCCAAGCCGGAGGAACGCUAUGGUGAUCCUGUGUUCAAGUGCUGUGUGCCCACCUGCGGCAAAACGCGCAAAUUUGAUGAGGCGCAAAUGAAUAGCUUUCCCAAGGACCCAUCGCUCUUCCAGCGCUGGCGCCACAAUCUUCGCCUGGAGCAUCUCAACUUCAAGGAGCGCGAGCGCUACAAGAUUUGUAAUGCCCAUUUUGAGGACAUUUGCAUUGGCAAGACGCGUCUCAAUAUUGGCUCCAUACCCACGCUGGAGCUGGGCCAUGAAGAGACCGAAGAUCUGUAUCAGGUUAAUCCCGAAGAGCUGCAGAGCAACUUGUUUGGACGCCCGCGACGUGUGCAUGAGAAUCAGCGACUGAGCAUUAAACAGGAGCUAGAUGAGGACAUCAAGCCGGACAUAACCAUGUCAGAGGCCACGGAUACAAACACAACACAGGUGAAGAUCAAGAAAUCUGUGUUGGACUUGAAGUGCUGUGUGCCCAGCUGUGGUCGCAGCCGGCUGGAGCAUGGUGCUCGCCUGUUUCCCUUUCCCACUGGCAAGCAGCAGCAGACCAAGUGGCGACACAAUCUCCGCCUUAGCGCCGCCGAUGUGGACAGGACAACGCGCGUUUGCAGCGCUCACUUCAAUCGACGCUGCAUCGAUGGCAAACAGCUGCGUGGCUGGGCCAUACCCACACAGCAGCUGGGCCACCAGGAACAAAACAUAUAUGAGAAUCCAAAGAACAUACCGGGCUUCUUUACGCCCACCUGUGCGCUGGCGCACUGUCGUAAACGACGAAGCAUUGACAAUGAUUUGCGCACCUACCGCUAUCCGCGCAACGAGGAGCUGCUCGAGAAAUGGCGCGUGAAUUUGCGUCUGGCGCCGGAUCAAUGUCGUGGACGCAUUUGUGCGGAUCACUUUGAGCCCAUGGUGCGCGGAAAGCUGAAGCUUAAGACGGGAGCGGUGCCCACGCUAAAGCUAGGCCAUGAUGAGGGCGUAGUCUUUGACAAUGAGGCCAUUAAAGUAGGAAUGCAGCAGGAGGAGGAAGAGGAGGAGGAUGCGGGCAGCUUGGAAUCGCUGGGAAAGAUAAAAAUUGAGAAGCAGGAGAAGGAAACCCCUGAGCAGGAGUUAGAAAAUGAUGAUGAGAAUGAAGAGGACGAGCAGCAGCAGAAGGUGGAAGAUCCUGAGGAUGAUAUGGAGCAAGAGCAGGAUGAGGAGGAAGAGGAGCUGCAGGAUCAUGGCUAUUUUGAUCCCCUAGAGCUAGUGGAAACCUUUGCCGAACAGCACAGCGAUGACAAUUCCGCUGACAAUUAUCAUCUCGAAGCUGAUGAAGAUGAUGAUGAUCAAGAUAUACCUGGCAAUGAUGAUGAGCUGCUGCUGCCAGACACUGUUCCAAUGCAGUUGCCGCCACGCCGCGAAAAGGCGGUGAAUAAUGUGACGCCUAUUUGUUGCUUGAAACAUUGCCGCAAGGAGCGCACCGCAAGUCAUCAGCUGAGUACUUUUGGAUUUCCCAAGGAUCAGCAGCAGCUGUUUAAAUGGAGCGCCAAUCUGCAGCUGGAUCUCGUCGAUUGUGUGGGACGCGUGUGCAUCGAACAUUUCGAGGCGGAGAUGCUAGGCACUCGUAAGCUAAAGCAGAAUGCGGUGCCCACACUGAAUCUGGGUCAUGCCACGCCGUUGAGCUAUAGCUGCAAUGGCCAAUCCUUGAGCAUAUACGAUGCACAGCCGCAGCAUUCGGUUUUUCGGCUUUGGAGCCUGAAACACUGCCGCAAAAGGAAGCUGCUGACGAUGCCUCCGGAUCCGGCGACAACUAAACGACGCUGUUGUUUGCCCAGCUGUGGCAAGGAGCCGGAGCUGCAUGGUGUUCAAUUGAAACGACUGCCCAAGAAACGUCUGCUGCUGCGCAAGUGGCUGCACAAUCUGAAGCUACCGGCACACAUGAGCACUAGAAACGCGUUUCUUUGCGAGGAGCACUUUGAGCCACAGGCGACGCUGCCUACCCUGAAGCUGGGCCACGCGGCUUAUAACAUUUAUCGCAAUGGCAACUCGGCUUUAUCCAGUGGCUGCCUGGUGCCCAGCUGUCCGUGUGCACGGCUUAAUCUAUAUCGCUGCUAUGCUCUGCCCGAGCAUCCGCAGGUGCAGCAGGCCUGGCUGCAGUGGUUGCAAUUGCCGCCGCCGCAGCUGGCCAGCCUUGCCCAGCUAUGCGUCAUGCAUUAUAUGCAGCUGUUUGAGCAGGUGCCACUAUCCGCGGAUCUGCCUGAGUCUGUGAUGCGCCAACUGCAGGAAACCUACGAACAAAUAUCCAGCUCUAGUAUGGCCAUGAAACUGCGCUGUGCUGUGCCCGGCUGCUACUCCAAAUACACGGACAAUGUGCGUCUCACCAAGCUGCCCGUGUGCCCGCAAACCUGCGCCCAGUGGGUGCACAAUACCAAAAUCAAGUACGAUCCGGAACGCCAUUACAUGUAUCGCAUCUGCAUGCGACACUUUGAGCCGCAAUGCCUGGGUGCAGUACGCCCUAAGCUGUGGGCUGUGCCUACGCUGCAUCUAAACCAUAACGAUGCGGAUAUAUAUCAGAAUACCAUGAUGGAUAGCUCGGAUGCCAUGCCGGUAGCCGAGUCUGUGCCGCUUGAGUUGCCGUUGCGCAUCAAGACAGAGCUGCCGCUAACUCUAUCAGUCAGUCCUAGUGCCAGUCCCAGUCCACGCGGCAAAGUGCGCACCUGUUGCAUUCCCACCUGCGGCCAGCAGGCCAAUGCCCUAACGCGUCUCUUUCGCUUUCCCAGUGCCGAGACGGCCCUGCUUAAAUGGCUGGUGAACACACAACAGCAGCCACGCCUCGUUGAUACGCAGAAUCUCUUUGUAUGCCAGCGUCACUUCGCGGCUGAGGCGAUUUGCAAAAAGCAGCUGCAAAGUUGGGCAGUGCCUACCCUAAAUCUGGGCCAUCAGGGCCACAUCAUACCAAAUGCCAAGCACAAUGGCAAUAUUGCCGACAGCCAGGAGAACAAGCAGGCGCUGCAAUACAUCUGGGCCAAUUACUGCUCGGUGCUUACCUGCUUCCAACAGCGCAGCGAACAGGUUCGUCUCUAUGCCUAUCCCACAGAUCGCCCCACCAUACGUAGGUGGGCGGCCAACUGCAAGCAUCGCUCCAUGCAGGCCAGCAGCGAUGGCUUUCAGGUCUGCCAGUCACAUUUUACACCAGACUGCUUUGACCCUGAUACCGGGGAGCUGAAGGAAGACGCGGUGCCCACACUUGAGCUGAGCCGGCCUGUCUAUGAGUUGCGCUGCGUGGUCAAUGGCUGCGUUAGGGAGAAGGAUGCAGCGCGUUGUCGUUUUUUCAAAGUGCCCAAACGUGCCUCCCUGCUGGAGGACUGGUGUUACAAUCUGCGCAUCGAUGUUGCGUCAAUUAGCGGCCAGGAGGUGCACGUGUGUGAACGCCACUUUGAGGCGCACUGUUUCAGUGCGUACAAACUGCGUCCGGGUGCACGACCUACACUUCAUUUGGGCCACGAUGAUGAGUUGGAUUUGUUGCCCAAUCCGGCAAAGUGGGAGGAGGAUGUGAAUGUAUGCUUUGUGCCCAGCUGUGGUCGCUCCAAGGAUGUGGAUAAUGUGGAGCUAUUCGGACUGCCCAGGAUUAGAGGGGUCUUGGAGAAAUGGCUUCAAAAUUUCCGCCUCGAGCCGAGCAGGGAGCAGCUGCAAGGCAUGCGGAUAUGCAGCGCACAUUUUGAGCCCAGCUGCAUGGAGAAUGGCCGUCUACACUUAGGCUCGGUGCCCACGCUGCAGCUGGGCCACGAUGAGUUGGACAAUAUACAUCAAAGCGCGGAGCUGCCGUCAUCGCAGCUUAAAGGCACACGAAUAGCCAUGGGCUACGACUGCUGCUAUCCACAGUGUAUGGAGCUGCAGAAGAGUUAUCAAAGAAUCGCAUAUGAGCUGCCCCAGCAGGAGGCAUUGCGUAACUUGUGGUUGUCGUAUCUGGGUCUGGAGCAGCAUAAUCAGGAACCGCUCAAGCUCUGCCCACUGCACUUGAUCAUCCUUUAUGAACACAGUGUCAACCAUUUUCCAGAGCAUUCAUCGGAGGAGCAGUUGCUGGACGCCAAUUACGAGGCUGCGCGAAAUAGCGUGCGCAUACGGAUUAUCAGCUGUGCGGUGCGUGGCUGCAGGACACUCAAACCACGCGACGAUUACCGCCUGCACGCAAUGCCUACGCGUCGGGAUGUACUCCAGAUGUGGCUAGACAACAUGCAGCUUGUGUUCUACGAGCAGCAGCGUUAUAUGUAUAAGGUAUGCAGCAGACACUUUGAGGCCAUCUGCGUAACAGAGACUACUCGCCGUCUAAAACCCUGGAGUAUGCCGACGUUAGAGUUGCCGGAACGUGACCCAGAAGCGCCGCCGUUGCAUCAGAAUCCCUCAGAGGAGGAGUGGCAGCGCAUGAAUGAGCAGAUAGGCAGUUGCGAGGCAGUGCAGUCGUUAGAGCCCGCGGUCAAGCUGGAGCCGGAGCCAAUUGUCAAGCAAGAGCUGCACUCUAUUGUCAAGCUGGAACCGAAGCCACAGUCAGAACAGCUGUAUGAGGAGGAGGAGGAGGCCAAUGAUCAGCAGCAAGCGCUAGAGGUGCUGCUCGAAGUGGGUCACGUUGAGAAGUGCACCACAUACGAGCAAAUGGACACAAAACCAAUUAUAAGCUAUGCCGAAACCCUGUCACAUAACUCACUGGGCCCAACGACAACAGUGGGCAGCGCCUGUAUUGUCGGCAACGGAUUCACCUACAGCGCGCGACACUGCAGCGUGCGGGGUUGCGAUGUGACUUCUCUGGAUGUGAAUGACAGUCUCAAGCUACACAAGUUUCCCACAUCGCUGGAUGCCAUGGAGAAAUGGAUGCACAACACCCAGGUAAAUGUGGACAUCAACUUUGCGUGGCGCUUUCGCAUCUGCAGCUUGCAUUUUCUACCCGAGUGCUUUAAUGGCUCGCGUAUUAGGCGUGGGGCCAUGCCCACGCUGCGUUUGGGAUCGCGCCGUCUAGGGGAUAUCUAUGACAAUGAGUUCAAUGUGCAGCCAGAGCAGGCGAGUGUGAAUCAGUCGGCUGAGGCGUCGGCAGACGCUGCAGUGCCCACUGAGCCGCACGAUCGUGCGACGGAGUUUAAUAUAAAUCUCCAUUUGCCCUGCCCCGCACCACCGCGCAAGUCCAGCAAGUUCUGUCAGAUCGAUGGCUGUUCGAAUCAUUUGACCAGCGAAAAUCUUACUCUGCACAAGUUUCCACACUCGGCGGACAUGUGCGCCAAGUGGCAGCACAAUACACAGGUGCCGUUCGAUCCGGAGUACCGCUGGCGAUAUCGAAUCUGCAGCGCACACUUCGAGCCCAUCUGCCUCGGAAACAUGCGGCUGAUGCAUGGCAGCGUGCCCACACUGAAACUGGGUGCUCGGGCGCCCAAGCAGCUCUUUGGCAAUGACUUUGCGGCGAUUAGCUUGCGCCUGGAUAAGGAAAAACGCAGCGCCGACCAGAGCUUGUCAGUGAAGCAGGAGCAAGUGGAAGAUGAUCAAGAGCAGUAUGAUCAGGAGCAAGAGGAUCUGAGCAUGCUGGUACCAGAGUUGCAGCUGCACGAGGGCGACGACGAGCAGGAAGACAAUCAGUUUAACUACACCAACAGUUGGAGCGACUCGCAGCAGCAGCUGCAGCUACGUCUGCCCAGCAUUAAGCAGGAAAAGGGCACCAUCUAUAAUCCCGUCAAAUCGGGCUAUGACAAGUGCUCGCUCGUGCACUGUCAGCGCCAGCGUUCACAGCAUGGCGUCCACAUCUAUAAAUUCCCACGCUCACGGCAGCUACAGCAUCGCUGGAUGCACAAUUUAAGAAUCAGAUAUGACGAGCGGCGACCUUGGAAGACAAUGAUAUGUAGUGUACACUUUGAGCCGCACUGCAUACGCCUGCGUAAGCUGCGUCCUUGGGCGGUACCCACACUGGAGCUGGGCGACAAUGUUCCGCGGGAUCUGUACAGGAACGAGCAAAGCCAACUGCAGUUUGAGCAGCAGCGCAGCAGCGACGUGGAAGCGGGCAGUGAGGGCGAGGACUAUGAUGCGGAGCUAGAUGACACCAUACUGGAGGAGUACGAUGAUGAGUAUGAUGAUAAUGACAAUACUGGUCAAAUUCCGGCUGAGCCGCACAUCAAGCGGGAGUAUCGCUCACGCUGCGAACCACAACCGGCGGGUAAGCUGCCACCCUGGAAAAUUAAGCAAUGCUGUUUGCCCUAUUGCCGUCGUCCACGCGGCGAUGGCAUCAAGCUUUUCCGGCUGCCUAACAAUAUUAGCGCCAUACGCAAAUGGGAGCAGGCGACGGGCAUGCGCUUCUAUGAGUCGCAGCGCAACACAAAACUUAUCUGCAGUCGUCACUUUGAUCCGCAACUUAUUGGUGUGCGUCGUCUUAUGUCCAAUGCGGUACCCACGCGCAAUCUGGGUCCAAACAACGAGGAAUCCGAGCCGCCAGCGAGCAGUCCACGCUGCUGCAUUAAGGAUUGCCAACCAGAUGGACAUGUCAAGCUGCACAAGUUUCCCAGCGAUCCCCAGCUGCUGCAUCAGUGGUGUCAGGCGCUAAGUUUGAGGGAUGAGCAGCGCCACGCCGGCAAGUACAUUUGUGCCGUGCACCUGCCCACCAAAGCGAUGAGCUGUCUCAUUUGCGGUGUGGAGGAUGUACAGCUACCCCUGCAGGACUUUCCCGAGCAUCGCAAUCAGCGAGUCAAAUGGUGCUACAAUUUGAAAAUCGAACCCAUCGCCAAGUGGGACGACUCGAAGCACAUUUGCUCCAAGCACUUUGAGAGCUAUUGCUUCAUUAAGCCGGGUCAUCUGUUGCCGGAUGCCAUGCCCACGCUGCAUUUAAAGCACAACGACAGCAAUAUAUUCCUCAACGAAUCUGCCAUAGAGAGCAGCCAGCUGCUGCGCGUCAAGGAUGAGCCUAUGGAGUGUGAGGAUCUGAUGCUGUAACAGUCAGAGCGAAAGUAUACCGUGUCAUUUGAUAAUGUGUUAAUUUGGAGUACUAUCCCCAUGUUAAUAAGCCACAUCAUUUUAGCCUAGAGUUAGUCACAAAUAAUUUAUAAUAUUUAAUACUUCAGUGUACAUAAUAUCGACUAUUGUUUUCGUGCUCCGCACAUGAAAAUCUAUCGAUAUGUAGCUAUCGUAGCCGAGGCUUAACGAUAUAUCGCCGAUGCGGCAAAGGCUGUAUUCGAUACAUUUUCGGACAUAAGUCGAUAGCAUCUACUGAUCGCAGCGGUAAUUUAUUUUGCGCACUUUUUUUUUACGCCAUUAAGCGA